AUGCAAGCGUCACCCUUCACUAGGAACAAUGCUGUCUGGGCACUGGCUUCUGGAACAUGGCAGGUCGAGGCGGUGCAGGCGCCGGCAGUAACUACUGACCCGGCGGAGCAGCCCAUCGCCCCAACGGUGGAGACCCUCAAUGAUGCAGAAGCAGAAAAGAGCAGGACGGGAUCGUCCGGCAUUUCUUCUGGUAUCCGGCUCGAGAACAUCGCCAUGACGUUUAAGAACCAGCAGGUGCUCAAGAACUGCAGCUGGGAGGUUAAAAAGGGCGAACGAGUGGGGCUUGUCGGUGUGAACGGCGCGGGCAAGACCACUCAGCUGCAGAUCAUCAUGGGCCGCCUGCAGCCCGACUCGGGGGAGGUCAUCAAGGCCAGACGCAACAUGCGGAUAGCCUAUCUGGCUCAGGAAUUCGACGUGCAGCCGGGGCGCACCGUGCGGGAGGAAUUCUACAGCGUCUACGAGACACAGAUCAAGAUCAAGCGGCGGCAGGAGGAGUUGAGCAUGUCGCUGGAGAGCGUGGGUGACGACAUGGACCGCAUGCAGCAGAUCUUGGACGAGCUGGAGAAACUGAACAACAAGGUCAUUGACUUGGACGUUGAGCUGCUUGACAAGAAGAUUGACCAGAUGAUGCCCGAGCUGGGCUUCAAGCCCGAGGAUAACGACCGCCUGGUGGCCUCGUUCAGCGGGGGCUGGCAGAUGCGCAUGUGCCUGGGGAAGCUGCUGCUGCAGGAGCCUGACCUGCUGCUUUUGGAUGAGCCCACCAACCACCUGGACCUGGACGCCAUUCAGUGGCUUGAGGGGUACCUGAAACAACAGGAUGUGCCCAUGGUGGUGGUCAGUCACGACCGCGAGUUCCUGGACCAGCUGUGUACCAAGAUUGUGGAGACGGAGCGGGGCGUGUCCACCAUCUACUCGGGGAACUACACACAGUAUGUGGCGAGCAAGAGCGAGAAGGCCGCACUCCAGUGGGCGGCCUGGGAGAAGCAGCAGAAGGAGAUUGCCAAGCAGGAGGAGAUCAUGCAGCGGCUGGCGGGAGGGGCACAGAGCGGCAGAGCGAGCCAGGCUGAGAAGACGUUGGAACGCAUUCGUGCCGAGGGCCUGAUCGAGAAGCCGUUCGUCCCCAAGAAGAAGUCCUUCACGUUCCCUCCCGUUGAGAAGAUGGGUCAGCGCGUGCUCACCAUCGAGGGCCUCACCCACGGCUACCCGGGCAGGCCGCUGUUCAAGAACUGCAAGCUGGAGAUAGGCAAGGGGGACCGGGUGGCCAUCAUUGGGCCCAAUGGAGCAGGCAAGAGCACACUGCUGCGGCUGAUCAUGGGUCGAGAAGCCCCCCAGUCGGGCUCCGUGCGGCUGGGCGAACACAACAUCGUGCCCAACUACUUUGAACAGAACCAGGCGGAGGCUCUGGACCUGGACCUUACUGUCCUGGAGACGCUGGUGCAGGCUUCUCCCGACGCCAAGCUUAACGACCUGAAGGCUCUGCUGGGCCGCAUGCUGUUCAGCGGGUCAGCCAUGGAUAAGAAGGUCCGGAGGGCUCUUAAGGGCUCAUUCGACAGAUGGGAACGAAAGGCCCGUCUGGCUCUGGCCAAGUUCAUGUGCACCCGGGGCACCCUGCUGGUGCUGGACGAGCCCACCAACCACCUGGACAUCCCCUCGAAGGAGAUGCUGGAGGAGGCCAUUCGGGAGUUCCAGGGGGCAGUGAUUGCGGUCAGCCACGACAGGUACUUCCUGCGGCAAAUCGCCACCCGGGUGCUGCUGGUGGAGGGCCGCAAGCUGCAGGACUACCAGGGCGACUACGAGUACUACCUGUCUAAAAACGAGGAUGAGGCAGUCAAGAUGCAGGAGAAGGAGGCCAAGGUGAAGGAGAUUGAGAAGGACAACAUCAAGGCCAAGUCCAAGAUGACCAAGGCGGAGAAGGAGCGGCUGAAGAAGGAGAAGGCCAAGGCGUUCCAUGCGCAGGCGGAUGCCAAGAAGAAGAAAUGA